AUGCUAAGUGUAGUCAAGGAAAACCUAGACCUGAGAGCCAAGGUGCAGCGCUUCAACAAUGAUUCUCUGGAGGACAUAACAGGAAGAAAACCAUCCAGUCUCUGGCAAAUCACUAUCGAUGAGAGACAGUUCAGAAAAGACCUGCAACAAACCAAAUCUAGCCACGAACACCGAACCUCAUCCCCUGUCGACUUCAAGUCCUUUAUCCAAAGCUCAGCGCACACAGAUGCAAAUGAGAAAGAGGUUCACAGCUGUCAGGCAGAAGUUCCUCUUGUGGUCAAAUGUCCGGAAAGGCUCCUAGGAGAGAUUGCCUAUCAAUUAGAUCGGAGAAUUCUGUCCCAUGUCUUCCAGGGCCAUAAGAGGCUUUAUGGGUUCACUCUGCUUAAUGUGCCAGCCAAGAUUAUAGAGGUGAGCACACACCCGCUGACAGGGAAGGUGGAUGAAGGCUAUCGGCUUCAUCUCACUCAGAGGCAUGCUGACCUGAUGGAGUGGCUUAGCCAAUUUGGGUAUAAAACCACACUUCACCCUCCAUUCACUGAAUUUGUUGUCAACAACUAUGGGAUCCUGAAAGAGAGGCCUGGUGACUACAGUGGAAUGGACUGCAAUAAUCCAGACUUUCUGAAGAACGUGAUCAUAAAGACGUCACCGAAAAAACUCCAGAAGGACCUACUGCUUGUGCUCAUCUGCCUUUGCAAUAUGACUGAGAAGGAUAAAAAGCCUCUUCUUCUCUGGUAG